AGGGCACCCAGGUUCUGAUCCCAUCGUUCAUUGGCUGUGUGUUCUUAGCAAGUUACUUCUCCUCCCCUCUGCAAUUGAAGAACAUGGAAGAAAUAAUCCCUAGGGUCCUCUGCAGCUUUCAAAUUCUGUAACUUUUGUACCGAAGAAGACCUUAGGAACGAGAUGGGAUCCCAGAAUUUACAGAUGAAUGUCUUCAUCUGUAAAAUGGGGGAAAUGGGCACAAUGAGAGUAAAUGAGUUGACACCUGUAAAGCCUUUAGAAUAGUGGCUAGCUUCCUUUGGGGCUAUAUGUCAGAGAACCCUCCCCUUCCCAAUCAAGCACUUUAUAAAUAACACCCUUCCAUGGAUGAGAGGGGAAAUACAGAUCUGUAAUGCAAGAGCAAUUAACUUUGAAAGCAACCAAAUAAACACCCAGUUGUUUCAAAUCCGUCCUAACUGCCCUCUUCUGACCCCUCGUCCUGACCUCUGAUGAGGAUCCCUACCCUAGAAGAGGAAGCUGAGGAUGCCAUCAAAAAAGAGGUUUUCCACCACAAAUGCCUAUACUAGCUCUUCUGGACAGCAAAUAGAGGUUUGCCCUGGAGGGCGGUUCUGGAGGAACCGAUGAGCUCACUCUGGAUCAGAGACAGUGAGGAGAAGAGAGAGCGAGCCUCAAAUUUCCGGAGCCUAUUUCAGUUUUCUUUUCCGUUUUGUGCAAUUUCACUUAUGAUAUCAACCAGUGUGUGGCUACUGUUUUGGAAACUCCCCGUGGGGUGGUGCCCCCUCUACUGGCCUGACUAUAAAGGGCCAGUCUGAGCUGCAGAGAAUCCCUGCAGAGGAUUCUGAGACAGCAGGUGGAUCUCCCGCAGCCUCCACCCAGAAGGAACCAUGAAGGUCUCCACAGCUGCCUUUGCAGUCCUCCUCACUGCCGCUUUCUGCGCUCCUGCCUCUGCAUCCCCAUAUGCCUCGGACACCACCCCCUGCUGCUUUGCCUACCUCUCCCACCCACUGCCGCUCACCCACCUCCAGGAGUAUUUCUAUACCAGCAGCAAGUGUUCCAUGCCAGCAGUCGUCUUUGUCACCCGGAGGAAGCGCCAGGUGUGUGCCAACCCACAGAAGAAAUGGGUGCGGGACUACAUCAACUCUUUGGAGAUGAACUAGGAUGGAGGGCGCCUAGAACCUGAACUUGUGCAAAGUUUCCUGCUGCUUCUUGUUUAUGUCCUGACUAGCUUGGGAAAGUCCCCACCCAUCCCUACUCCCACUCCCUCCUGGGAGGGUGCAUAUUCCACCACUAAGCAGCAGUUAUAAAAGCCUCCUCCAUCUAAAGCUUCCAAGAGUUCCUGAGGCUCUGCCUUGUGCGCAGAAAGUCUCUUGGCUCUGAGCUUCAGGCUGCAGCUCUGCCAUCAGAAAGGAAGUCAGCAUGUCUCUGGAGGCAAAGAAGGGAGAAAGACUGGGCUUCCUGUGGCCAAAUCUCCCCUCGCAGCCCCUUCGCUGCGAAGGGCUGACUGGCAAAUGUGAGAAAUCAGCUUUCCAUUAAAAUUCUCGUCGCAGUUACCAA